CUAAGAUUCAUUGCAUAUCAGCACGGACUGAAAUACCUUGCCUGGAAAAAAAAAAAGAAAAAUUUAGCUUUUAAAGCAGCACUAUUCUGUAGGUUGUGCUGAUUAUUGCUUUGUGCUGCAUGACUGUGAUUUUUGGCAUGCAGUGUCACAUACCAAAUUCCCAAAAUAAAAUGCUACAUGAUAUUCUAAGAUCUUAGGAAGCUUUAAAAAGGGAUUUGUCCGCUGAGCGGGUAUCUCUUCUGGUGAAGCGAAAUGAUGCAGCAGGAAUGGUUUAAGAGGAGGAAACUUUAGUCAGCAGAUAAUUAGUCUUUUUAAAUAAGCACAAGGAGAAAAAAGAAAACCUUCCAUCGGUCUCGUGUUUGUAAAAGUUGUCAGCAGCCCUGCUUUGAUUGUAAAGGGUUUACAGCUAUAUGCUUGGAUAGCUAAAACAUCUGUUUGGCGACGUUGUGAAAUCCUCGCGUUCGGAACCCCUGAUAAGGGGGACUGCCGAGCUCUUGGCUCGGAGAGGCUCUACCGGCAGCGAGGGCUGCGCAGACAGCGGUCACCGCUCGCCUUUCCUCCUCCUGGUCAGAGGAAAACGGAGGAGACAGCUCCUAUUUUACGCACGGUUUUCCUUUGAGGGGGAGAGAGCAGGAAGCGCCUCGGCAAUGGUUCACGGCAGAAACCUGGAGUUGUAAAGAGGAGGAGGAGGAGGAGAGCUCAUGGGUGCAGCUCGUGAAGAGUUGGAAUACUGAUUACCACCGCAGCAGAGGAAAACCGGACUUCUGCCAGAGCGAGCCCGUCCCGAGCCAUCCCGAUGGAAGGAGAGACGGUACCCGAGGCCGGGAGAGUGGCCGGCAAAGCCACGCGGAUCGCCCUCGGCGUCUUCGUGAGCGGCACCGUUGUGCUCGGCACCGCGCUUUUCUUGGUUAGCCAAGGUCUUAUAAAGUUUCAUCCGAAGCAACGGUACUGUUUGACCUCAGAAUGUAUUGAAGCUGCUGCUGGCAUCCUAAGCAAGAUAAAUCAAUCCAUAGAUCCGUGUGAGAACUUUUAUCGAUUUGCAUGUGAUGGCUGGAUAUAUAAUCACCCUAUUCCUGAAGACAUGUCAAACUAUGGUGUUUAUCCUUGGCUGCGACACAAUGUGGACCUCAAACUAAAGGCAUUGCUUGAGAAACCCAUCAGCAAAAGACGAGACAGUGAAGCUGUACAGAAAGCCAAGACCCUUUAUGCAUCCUGCAUGAAUGAGAAUAAAAUUGAAAAAGCGGACGUGAAACCCCUGUUAAGUAUACUGAGGCACUCACCUUUCCGCUGGCCUGUGCUGGAAUCCAACAUUGGACCUGAAGGGCUGUGGUCAGAAAGGAGGUUUAGCUUAGUCCAAACCUUGGCAACUCUUCGUGGUCAAUACAGUAACUCUGUCUUCAUCCGUUUAUAUGUGGCUGCCGAUGACAAAAUCUCCAAUCGGUAUAUCCUGAAGCUCGACCAAGCAAGCCUCUCUCUUGCAUCUCGAGAGGAUUACCUAGAAAACACCACAGAAGCCAAAUCUUACCGAGAUGCCUUUUUGCAGUUCAUGGUUGAUACAGCAGUGCUGCUGGGCGCAAACGCUUCACGAGCUGAAUCUGAUAUGAAGUCGGUUCUAAGACUGGAAGUUAAAAUAGCUGAGAUCAUGAUUCCAUAUGAAAAUCGCACAAGCGAGGUGAUGUACAAUAAAAUGAACAUAUCGGAGCUUAGUGCCAUGAUUCCACAGUUUGACUGGCUGGGAUACAUCAAGAAGGUGAUUGACACCAGACUCUAUCCAGAGCUCAAAGAUAUAGGUCCUUCAGAAAAUGUGAUUGUCCGUGUUCCCCAAUACUUCAAAGAUUUAUUCAGGAUACUAGAAAAUGAAAGGAAAAAGACUCUUGCCAACUAUCUGGUGUGGAGGAUGGUUUAUUCAAGGUUAUUUAACCUCAGUAGACGUUUUCAGUAUCGGUGGCUGGAAUUUUCUCGGGUGAUCCACGGAACCACAACUUUGCUGCCUCAGUGGGAUAAAUGCGUGGACCUCGUUGAAAGCGCUCUCCCUUACGUUGUGGGUAAAAUGUUUGUGAAUGCCCAUUUUCAAGAAGACAAGAAAGAGAUGAUGGAGGAGUUGACUGAAGGAAUUCGCUGGGCUUUUAUUGACAUGUUGGAAAAGGAAAAUGACUGGAUGGACUCUGAAACAAAAAGAAAAGCUUAUGAGAAGGCAAAAGCAGUUAUGGCAAAAGUGGGUUACCCUCAGUUUAUAAUGAAUGACACAUAUAUUAAUGAAGACAUCAAAACACUGAAGUUUACAGAAAGUGACUAUUUUGGCAAUGUGUUGCAAACUCGCAAAUACGCAGCCCAAUCUGAUUUCUACUGGCUUAGAAAAGAAGUUCCAAAAACAGAGUGGUUUACAAGCCCAACUACUGUAAAUGCUUUUUAUAGUGCAUCUACCAACCAGAUCAGAUUCCCAGCAGGAGAACUGCAAAAGCCUUUCUUUUGGGGAACAGAGUAUCCUAGGUCAUUAAGCUACGGGGCCAUAGGAGUGAUUGUUGGCCAUGAGUUUACUCAUGGAUUUGAUAGCAAUGGUCGGAAAUAUGACAAAAAUGGAAAUUUAGACCCUUGGUGGACAACUGACUCUGAAGAAAAAUUUAAAGAGAAAACAAAAUGCAUGAUUAAUCAAUACAGCAAUUACUACUGGAAGAGAGCUGGCUUACAUGUGAAAGGCAAGAGGACUUUGGCAGAAAACAUUGCAGAUAAUGGAGGUUUGCGAGAGGCUUUCAGGGCAUACAGGAGAUGGAUUACAGAAAAGAGGGGAGGAGAAGAAGAGCCUUUACUGCCAGGCCUUGAGUUCACACACAACCAGCUUUUCUUUCUGAGUUAUGCCCACGUAAGAUGCAACUCCUUUAGACCAGAAUCUGCGAGAGAGCAAAUAUAUAUUGGAGCUCACAGCCCUCCUCAGUUCAGAGUUAUCGGUGCCAUGAGCAACUUUGAAGAGUUCCGUAAAGCUUUCAAUUGCCCAACGAACACGACGAUGAACCGAGGGGCAGAAUCCUGCCGGCUGUGGUAGACUUCCCUUCCAGGUCCUCCGUCAAGAGGGGUCUGCAAUACGAACUGCUGCACCCGAGCUCACGCCCACUGCUAGAGUUUCGGAGUAACGUUCUGCAACCUGGAGGGGUGUUACUUCAAAUGCAUCUUCCUUACCCAUGCUGAUGACCUGCAUGGAUCUAAUCACUCUCUAUUCAGAGCCUAGAAACUUUCAAAAUAGAAGAGAAUAGGUUUUCUUUAACAAUAAUAACAGAAAAGGAACUCCUUUUAUCCGUAGAACUACUCCUGCUCAUCUGCAGUUGUACCGCUGUUGAUGGAUACAUGCCAUUAUCAAUUCUAAUUCCUGAUUUAUAGUUGAGCAAGAGGUAAAUGCUAAAAUCCAGUUUUAAUCUAUUGCUCUGCAGGGGUGCUAUGCAGAAUGCUCCCCCACAAAAUUUAUUCUUUCUGGAUGAAGAAAUUCAUGACACCUGCUAUAAAGCCAGCUCUGAUCUGCUGGGUGACACAGCUUUUUCAUAGCUUAAACUGUCACUGCCCAGCAUGCCAUAAAAGAUGUUGCAUGAUGUAAAGACACAAGACUUUAUAUAAAUUCGGUUUAAUAUGUCAGAUUAGUGCCUCAGGUUUUAGAACAGUUUCAAGCUGAGAAAGCACCUCAUGGUUUCCAUCUGCUAGGACUAAACAGAAAGGAUACUUGUCAGAUCAUGGCCUCUUCUAAUUUUAGAACAGCUUACGAUAAAAAUCUAUGUAUGGUGAAAAUCAGAGGCUUGCAGAAGGAAUUCCCAGCAGCCACCGUAUUACGACACUUAUUCCUGUUUACAGUGUGGGCAGUUUUUUUCCCAAGGGGUGAUUUUUACUUUGUGCUGAAGGUAGCUUCACCUACCUUUAUUUUUAAGCCUGAAAUACUAUACCAAUUUUAAUUUAGGGAUUUCUUAGUGCCUGGGUCUUACAGGAGAAUGUAAGUAGUGUGCAUGUUUGUCCUCAUGUUCUGGACAGGGCAGGGUGACUUGUGAUUUUAAGAAUAUGUGACUGAAAAACAGAGUACCAGCAGCAUUUGACUUGUCUGGAUAAAAAGAGCAAUUCAAGAGUAGAGGACUUUUAAAUGCAGUAUGCAUGCAGGCCAGGUGAGUUUUUCAUUUGGUUUCUAACAAUAUUCAUAAAAAACCAUAUUUUAUUGCAGCAGAAAAACUUUGACACAGAACUAUUACUAAGGCGGGGGGCGGGGGGGGGAACCAGCCCGUUCUUCCCCAACAGAAAGAUAGAUAUUUAACUGGUAUUUAUUUAUACCUGGUGCAUUAAUUCAUUCUUACAGGGUGGAAUUGUUUCAAAUGGAGAGAGAGUUUCUUUAGACUGAUUUAAUUAGUGCAAAUC